GAAAAUCACUUCCUCAAUUUGCUGCUUUGUGAUGGCUGCUCAAACGUUCACUUUUUUGUGUGUAAUAAUAUGUAUAUUAUGGACAAAAAACCUCGCAGAAACUUCAGCCCCAAAUAUUAUCAUUAUGCUUAUGGACGACAUGGGUUGGGGUGACCUGGGGGUGCUGGGUCAGCCCUCCAAGGAGACCCCUAACCUGGAUGCCAUGGCUGCACAGGGCAUGCUGCUUCCAAACUUCUACACUGCCAACCCUCUCUGUUCACCAUCGAGAGCUGCACUUCUCACUGGGAGGCUGCCUGUCCGGAAUGGCUUCUACACCACUAAUGGCCACGCCAGAAACGCAUAUACGCCGCAGGAGAUUGUGGGAGGGAUCUCCAGGGAUGAGAUUCUGUUACCUCAGAUGCUGAAAAAGAAAGGAUAUGUCAGCAAGAUAGUUGGAAAAUGGCAUCUGGGCCACAGAGCGCAGUACCUGCCCACCAAGAACGGCUUCGACGAGUGGUUCGGAGCGCCCAACUGCCAUUUUGGGCCCUACAACAACAGCGGGCGCCCCAACAUUCCCGUCUAUAACAACUCUGAGAUGGCGGGCAGAUACUAUGAGGAGUUUAAGAUUGACAGGAAGACUGGAGAGUCCAACCUCACGCAGAUUUACUUGCAGGAAGGUCUUGACUUCAUCGUCCGGCAGACCGUGGCCCAACAGCCCUUUUUCCUGUACUGGGCGGCUGACGCCACUCAUUCCCCAGUCUACGCUUCCAGACGCUUCCUCGGGAAGAGCCAGCGAGGCCGCUAUGGCGAUGCCGUGAUGGAGCUGGACCACAGCGUCGGUCAGAUCCUGUCACUGCUGAGGACUCUGGGUAUCGAAAAUAACACCUUUGUUUUCUUUACCUCGGACAAUGGAGCCGCGCUCACGUUGGGCCCAAACCAGAGUGGCAGCAACGGGCCCUUCCUCUGUGGGAAGGAGACCACCUAUGAAGGGGGCAUGAGGGAGCCUGCCAUCGCCUGGUGGCCCGGAAACAUCGCAGCAGGCACGGUGAGUUUCCAACUGGGCAGUGUGAUGGACCUGUACACUACUAGUUUAGCGCUGGUUGGCAUCAGCCCUCCUGAUGAUCGAGUCCUGGAUGGACUGGACCUGACACCAAUCCUCCUGAAUACGUCCCAACCACUGCAAAACAGACCUAUCUUCUAUUACCGUGGGAAUGAGCUAAUGGCGGUCAGGCUUGGACAAUACAAGGCCCACUACUGGACUUGGACAAACUCGUGGGAUGAGUUUAAAAAGGGUGUGAACUUCUGUCCGGGUCAGGAGGUGCUGGGCGUGACCACACACGAGCAGACGGAGCACACCAUGCAGCCUCUCAUUUUCCACCUGGGCCGGGAUCCUGGGGAGAAGUUCCCUAUCAGUGUUUUGACCGGGGAAUACCAGGAGGUUCUGGGCCGCAUCUCUCCAGUUGUGGAGGAGCACAGGAAGACGCUCACACCAGGUGUUCCCCAGCUCAACAUGUGCGACCGGGCUGUGAUGAACUGGGCUCCAGCCGGCUGUGAGAAGUUAGGAAAAUGUCUCAAAGUUCCAAAAUCGGCUCCUUGGAAGUGCGAAUGGCCGCACUGACUGCAGAUGAGCAAUGAAACUUUUAUUUUUAUUUUUUAGUUUUAAUAGGCAACUGUUUGACAUUAAACAUCAUAUCAUUUCAAAGUCAGCUGGGAUAAGCUCCACCCAUGUGAACAUGCUAAGUAAACAUACAGUAAUUCAUGAAUGGAGUGUGUGUUCUGAUACGGUAAGUCUGUUUUUUAUUGUA